AUGCUGCCACAAACAGCCCUUGUGCUGCUACUGACCUUGAACUUGGUUCAUGGCGAGUUUUAUGCUGAGAGGUAUCAAACACCUACAGGCAUAAAAGGGCCACCACCCAACAUCAAGACCCGGUUCUUCAUUCCCUAUGCCAUAAAGAGUAAAGGUGUAUCAGUGAGAGGAGAACAAGGUGUUCCUGGUCCACCAGGCCCCAGUGGACCUCGAGGGCACCCAGGACCAUCUGGACCACCAGGAAAACCAGGUUAUGGAAGCCCUGGACCCCAAGGAGAGCCAGGGUUGCCAGGACCACCAGGACCAUCAGCCACCGGGAAGCCAGGUGUGCCAGGACUCCCAGGAAAACAAGGGGAGAGAGGACCAUAUGGACCAAAAGGAGACAUUGGACCAGCUGGUUUACCAGGACCACGGGGCCCACCCGGGCCACCUGGAAUCCCCGGCCCGGCUGGAAUUUCUGUUCCAGGAAAACCUGGACAACAGGGACCUACAGGAGCCCCAGGACCCAGAGGCCUUCCUGGAGAAAAGGGUGCACCAGGUGUCCCUGGUAUGAACGGACAGAAAGGGGAAACGGGAUAUGGUGCUCCUGGUCGCCCAGGUGAGAGAGGCCUUCCAGGCCCACAGGGUCCCAUGGGACCACCCGGCUCUCCUGGAGUGGGAAAAAGAGGUGAAAAUGGGUUUCCAGGACAGUCAGGCACCAAAGGUGAUCAGGGCAUUCCGGGAGAAAGGGGACCAAUUGGCCCACCAGGCCCCCAAGGUCCUCCUGGGGAACAAGGACCAGAAGGCAUUGGAAAGCCAGGAGCCCCUGGAGCUCCAGGCCAGGCAGGGAUUCCAGGAACAAAAGGACACCCUGGGGCUCCCGGAAUAGCUGGGCCCCCAGGGGCUCCUGGCUUUGGGAAACCAGGCUUGCCAGGCCUGAAGGGGCAAAGAGGACCUAUUGGCCUUCCAGGAAGUCCAGGUGCCAAAGGGGAGCAAGGCCCAGCAGGUCAUCCUGGGGAGCCAGGUCUGACUGGACCCCCUGGAAAUAUGGGACCCCAAGGACCAAAAGGCAUCCCAGGCAACCAAGGGAUCCCAGGCCCUAAAGGUGAGACAGGGCCAGUGGGGCCUGCAGGACAGCCUGGGGCUAAGGGAGAAAGGGGUUUCUCUGGGUUAGAUGGAAAACCAGGGUACCCAGGAGAACCAGGUCUCAAUGGUCCUAAGGGUAACCCAGGGUUGCCAGGCCCAAAAGGUGAGCCUGGAAUUGGAGGACCUCCUGGUCUCCCAGGCCCUGUGGGCCCAGUAGGAGCUAAGGGAGUGCCUGGAAACAAUGGUGAGGCUGGUCCAAGAGGUGCCCCUGGAAUACCAGGUACCAGAGGUCCCAUUGGGCCACCAGGCAUUCCAGGAUUCCCUGGACCUAAAGGUGAUCGAGGAACUCCAGGUCUUCCUGGUCCAGCUGGCAUAGCAACUAAGGGACUCAAUGGACCCACUGGGCCACCAGGGCCUCCAGGUCCAAAAGGCCAUGCUGGAGAACCUGGCCUCCCAGGGCCCCCAGGCCCCCCAGGCCCCCCAGGCCAAGCAGUUGUGCCUGAGGGCUUUAUAAAGGCAGGCCAAAGGCCUCUUGUUAGUGCCAACCAGGGUGUAACAGGAAUGCCUGUGUCUGCUUUCACUGUUAUUCUCUCCAAAGCUUACCCAGCAAUAGGUGCUCCUAUCCCCUUUGAUAAGAUUGUGUAUAACAGGCAACAGCAUUACGACCCAAGAACUGGAAUCUUUACCUGCAGGAUACCAGGAAUAUACUAUUUCUCCUACCACGUGCAUGCGAAAGGGACCCAUGUUUGGGUGGGCCUGUAUAAGAACAGCACCCCAGUAAUGUACACCUAUGAUGAAUAUAUCAAAGGCUACCUGGAUCAGGCUUCAGGGAGUGCCGUCCUCGAUCUCACAGAAAAUGACCAGGUGUGGCUCCAGCUGCCCAAUGCCGAGUCGAAUGGCCUGUACUCCUCAGAGUACGUCCACUCCUCUUUCUCAGGAUUCUUAGUGGCUCCCAUGUGA